CUCAAGUCAAAACAAAACAAAACUCAAAACUGUCAAUCAAUGGUCAAUGUCAAGUCCUCCAGUCUCAGAAUCAGAAUAUCUAACCUGAGUAAAUAAAGGUUGGCCAAAAUCAGUUCUUCAUUGCCGAGUUGUACUUGAGGCCAGCAAUUGUGGAUGGAUGGUUUUCAAACUGAAAAAUCAAAAUGAAAGUAGUAUUCGUCCUACUUACAAUUGUAGGACUUGUGUGGGGUGUUGUGCCACAACCACAACCUACUCUCAAAGAAGAAGAAAUUACAAUCUUCAUUAGACCAGGAGAAUCAAGAGUAAUUAAUUUGGGAUCUCCUGAUGAAAAACAGCCUGAAUCAAAACCUUUAGAUGGAUAUAAUCUACAGAAUACUACUACAACCCCAUCAACAACCACGAAUGCACCCACUACAGAGAAGAAUUUUCCCAUAGACCUUAGUCAGAGACUGUUCUACGCCAAUCAUGAAGACUCUCAGUUCCAUCGCAAAACUCUUGACCUCUCAGGUCUUGAUUUGAAUGGUAGAGACGUGAUGAAGAUUCUGCACAGCCUGAAUGAGACGGUGCUUGCCAGCGUCGCACGGCUCGACCUAAGCCACAACAGAGUGUCCACUUUGCCUCCGAGAGUCUGGCCGAUGGAGAUGGAGUACAGCCUCAGGGAACUGCGGCUCGACUACAACCGACUCUACUUAGAAGACCCCAUCAAUAGAGAGAACACAUGCUUCGAGCUGCUCCGUCUGCUUAGCCUCAAGAAACUAUCCAUGACCAACUGUGGUUUGAAAAAUCACGUUUCUUCAUCAGAGCUGGCGUUUCCAUCAGUAGAGUCCCUCGAUUUAAGCCAUAACCAUUUCUAUGACAUUCCGAGCAGAGUGGUUAAAAUUGUGACAAUAGAACAUCUCAACAUGAGUCACAACAGUAUCCGGUAUCUCGACGGACAACAGCUCUCCGCUCUCACCAACCUACGCUCUCUAGACUUGUCCUAUAACAACAUGGAGGUGUUGCAGGACGACCCACUGGAAUCUAUGGCUAAAUUGGAAACUAUCUACUUGGACCAUAACAGUUUGAGUGAAGUCCCCAGUGUGUACAAAUUCACAGGCUCAUACCAGCCGAGAAUCAACGUCUACUUAAGUGGCAACAAGUUUAUGUGCGGAUGUGACUUAAAGGACUUUGUUGACAUGGAUAGGGUGCAAGUUGAAGACUUUGCCAACGUUACGUGUUUGGAUGGUUCUCAUGUGGAACAUCUGAUAGAAAAUGAGUUGGACAGCUCAUGUUCACAUCGUUGGGACUCAGUACACGAGAAGUUUUCCGGAGCGAGACGAUGGGUCCGAGAGAACCUACCUCACUGGGACACCAUCUUCCACUCGCUCGGCUGGUUGUUGUGGGUUAUGUUGGGAGUACUUCUCACUAUAGUCUACACUCAACGACAGCUUCUGAAAAAGAGAAACCCUCCACCAGCUGAAGUGCCUUACGAUGUUCUCAGUGAUGGAGCUGUAUACUAAUAUCAUACCAGUGUUUGCAGCACUUUUUAACCUUUUACGCUUGAUUUUUGUCUUUGAUACUUUAUUUUGAUAAGUGAUAAAUAUAUAGCUGAUAUGUC